AUGACCUUCCGGGGCGGAUCGUUCACGGACAUCGGUUCAGCCAGCUGGGCAGAGGCCGACACCGGUGAUGUUAACGGUGGCGACAAUGGUGAUGGCGGGCCAUCAACCUCCAUGGGCUACACAGUGGAUGGUACCGGCCGCAACUGGAUGGUUGUGACUGCAGGUGUGAUCUUCAGCGACGUGCUGGGUCCACACACGUGGCCGUCGGGCGCUGCCGGCCGGCGCCAGUCCCCAGUGAACGUCCGGUCGGAGUGCGUGCAGCAGGUGGACGGCUGCCCGCCUCUGCUCUGGCCGGGAUACGACGUCCUGCCCUGCAAGCUCAGCCUCAGCAACGACGGAACAGCAGGUGCCGAAAUGACUGUGCUGUGUCGAGGCCAUUCAGCACCUCGCCACCGGAGCAGCACGCCGGCCCUCAGUGGCGGCCCUCUGGGCGAGGGCUGCUGGCCCUUCGCUUGGGCCGAGUUCCACUGGGGGCCCAGCGACGACGAAGGCUCGGAGCACACCCUCGACUACUGCCGGUACGCCCUCGAGCUGCAGGUCGUGCACGGGCCCUGCGAAGGUGCGCAGUAUGAGUACGUCUGCGUCGCCGUACUCUUCGAGGCGGUCAUGGAGGACAACCCGUACCUGGACCCGGUGGUGCAGGCGCUGCACCAGGUGAGGCGGCCCGGCUGCUGCACGCACCUGCUGCCCUUCCCGCUGGACUGGCUGUCGCCGCCGAUGGAGCAGUCUUACCUCUCGUACUGCGGCUCGCUCACCAGACCGCCCUGCAGUGAGGGCGUCCUCUGGAUCCUCCGCCCGCACCCGCUCACCAUCUCCAGUCGGCAGGUACCUACCUGUGUCGGAGUUCCGCCGCCUGUUGGACUGCAAAUGGUGCCCUCUGGUGAGGAACACGCGGCCCGUCCAGCGGAUGCACGGCCGCCCGGUCUGCUGCUACUGCGACUGACCGAGUGGAGCCGGCCGACCGCCUCACUUGCUGCCAGCUGGAAAACAAAGUGCCCGCCUCUUGCUGACACCACUCCUCCUCACAACUAG